GUUGAUAUUUGAAUGGGGGUAUACAAGUUUUAUAGAUGCAUAGUUUAAGUUUUGCUAUUUGUAUCUACCAAUAUCUUUAUUUUUAAAAAUAUGUCAGGGUAUAAACGGUCAUAUACCAUACAAGAAGACAAUAAGAUACUGACAUAUAUUGUUUCGACUGGAUCGUUUUAUCACUUAAAAGGAGUAUUAUUUUGGAAACAACUUGAAGAUUCCCAAGCUUUUCAUGGAACUCGAACGUGGAUGAGUUUGAAAAACCGCUUUAUAAAAUCGAUUUUACCCAGUAUUCACAAUGAUUUAUAUACUUUAUCAGAUUCUGAUAAAAAGAAAAUUGUUGAUGGAUACUUUAAUAGACCAAUAGUGGAGGAAUGCGAAAUUAAAGAAUCAGGCUCGUCAAAUCCACAGUUAGAUGAUACUGUGGGGACCCCUGAUUCUGAUGAUGUGAUUGUUAUUAAUAGUUAGCGAUUCCCUAUUUAUAUUUUAGAAGGAAUUUUUACUUUCUUUACUUCUCAUAUAUAGAUAUAUAUUUCAUUUAUAAUGUUCAUUUUAAGUACAAAUAAUAUUUUAUUUAUUUAUUGAAUAAAUACUUUUUAGUUAUUGUUUUGUGUAA